GAUUAUCAAAAUCGUCGUUUCGCAACGAAUCAUUGGUAGAGCGAGCGACAGCAGUCUACAAGGAUGGUAAUAAUAGUAAUGAAACGGUUGAAGAUCAACCGUUGGAUCUGAGCUCACGUCGUGCUCUUCAAACAGCUACACAAUGUGCUGUAUCAUCCGCUCAUAACUCUCGGGAUGGAAGACGAUUGCGCGCAUUAAUCAAUGUUAUCUCUGAUAAAUCAUCCAAUUCUCUUUCUAAGGAAGAGGAAAAUAAUUCUGUAAUUAGUCAUGCAAAAAAUACCAUUGGAACAAAAACUAUCCAUCCAUCAAUAAGUAAAAGAAAUUACACUCAAGCGGAUUUGGAUGCUGCUGUAAAGGAUAUCCGAUGUGGCCGUCUUGGAACACGACGAGCCAGCGUGGUUUACGGAAUACCAAG